AAAAUUUGAACAAGAAGCUAAUAGCUUGACAAUUACAGUGAAAAGACUUGAAAGUCUAGGCCUUUUCAUGUCCCCUUCAUCAAUCAAGGAGGCCCCAUUUUUUUCCCCUGUUCUCAUGGAACCCAAGGGCUCAAAGCAACAGCCACAAGAGGUGCCCACCUUCCUGAGUCGUCUCCCACAGCCGGACAUGGCGGUAAACAAGCCAGCAGAGAUCAAAGACUUCCAGAUUGUGGCUGCAAACAAAGAUGAUGGUAAGAAACAAUUAGUCCCCAAGAGAAGUUCCAACAAAGAUAGGCACAAAAAGGUGGAUGGUAGAGGUAGAAGAAUAAGGAUGCCAGCUUUAUGUGCAGCUAGAAUUUUCCAAUUGACUAGAGAAUUGGGCCAUAAAACUGAUGGAGAGACAAUUCAAUGGCUGUUACAGCAGGCUGAGCCAUCGAUUAUUGCCGCCACAGGUACUGGGACUAUUCCAGCUUCAGCUCUUGCAGCUGCAGGGGCCUCUGUUUCUGAUAAGGGGAACUCUGUAUCGUCCGAUUUGCACUCAAAGUUGGAUGAGUUUGGACCAGGUAUGGGAAGUAGGACUAAUUGGAAUAUGAUGAGUGGAAAUCUGGGUAGAUCCCAUGUACUAGCUGGGGUGUGGCCUUCUAUAACUGGUUUUGGUUCAGGGUUUAUGCAAAAUUCUGGUGUAUUGACACCUAAUCCAGGGAGCGAAAACUCGAAUUUUAUGCCUAAGUUCGGGUUUCAUGGAUUUGAAUUUCAGAAUACGAGUUUGGGUUCAAUGAGUUUGUCUACAAUUUUGGGUGCAACAACUAGUCAGCAACUUCCAGGUUUGGAGCUUGGACUUUCUCAGGAGGGUCACAUGGGCGUUCUGAAUUCUCAGCAACUAAACCAGAUUUACAACCAGAUGGGACAGAACAGAGCUGGUUCUACAACUCAUCAGCAACAUCAUCCAGAUAAGGAUGACUCUGAAGGAUCAAGACAGUAGAAGUUCAAAAGUUGGGUUUGUUUGAUGAGGACUUAACUGAUAAACAGGUAGCUUUGAUAAGGAGCAUAGUGAUCUGUCAUGGUUCUCUAUGUGCAAAAGAGAAACUGGAGAAAUAUUGAGGAGUUCAUGAUUUCGGAUGAUGAAUUGGGCUCAUGGAUUGAAUUUCCGUUUCUCUUGCUGCAUAGCUCAUCUUGGUUUUCGCAACCAGUUUGGUCUAUGAAGAGCUGAGUGGUUUGAAGGUUGAUUGUGAUUUUCUAAGUAUCUAUCAAUUUUGAGGUGUGUUAUCAAUAUUGGAGUAAUUUUUCAGGCACGUUUAAUUGCCUUCUACCCAACAAAAAAGAAACACUUGAUUGCUUGGUUUUGUUACAUCUAAAUGGAAGUAGCCUGCCUAUGUGUCAAAGUAAACUUGGGAUUUCCACAAUCACAACCAUAAUUGAGACAAUAAUUUGGUAUAUCUCUAGUAGAGACUUGUGGUGUUCGGUUGCAAUUAUCCAUCAGAC